AUGGGAGCUGUUCUAGCAAUCCCGUCGCUCCUCAUACCCUCCGUGACGACUCUCUGGUCAAUUGGCGCAUCAUGUUGCGGAGCGGCAUCGUGUUCCAUGUUGUGUGGACCAUGCGGCAUGUCCAAGUUCAGAUCCUCGAUUGCCACGAGGAUCGCGUAUGCGAUGAUUCUGCUGGUGAACAGUAUUCUGGCCUGGAUCAUGCUCACACCGUGGGCCAUCCGGAAGCUUGAACACCUCACGCUCGACUACAUGACAUUCCAGUGCGGUUCGUCCCGGUGUUACGGUUAUUUCGCAGUCCAGCGAAUCAAUUUCGCCCUCGGUCUUUUCCACCUCCUCCUCGCCGUCCUCCUCAUCGGUGUCAGGAGCACAAGAGAUACACGAGCAGGCCUGCAAAAUGGGUUCUGGGGUCCGAAAAUCCUGGCUUGGAUCGCCUUUAUCCUGUUGUCGUUCUUUAUCCCUGAAGGGUUCUUCCUCUUCUGGGGAAAUUAUGUCGCCUACCUUGGGGCGAUGCUUUUUGUUCUCCUCGGACUCAUCCUCCUCGUCGACCUUGCGCAUAGCUGGGCGGAACUAUGUCAGGAUAAGAUCGAUGAAGGAGAUGGUCCCAACUACAGACUUUGGCAAGCUCUGCUUAUGGGGUCAAGCUUGGGCAUGUAUCUGGCUGCCUUUGCCAUGACGAUAGUCAUGUACAUCUUCUUCGCCAGCAGCGGAUGCAGCAUGAACAUUUCUGCCAUUACGAUCAACCUGGUGCUCAUCUUUGUCAUCACCUUGCUCAGUGUCAACCCCACCAUUCAAGAUGCAAACCCCAAAGCAGGAUUGGCGCAGUCGGCCAUAGUCGCGGCUUAUUGCACGUACCUUACGCUUUCGGCGGUCUGCAUGGAGCCGGACGACAAAAACUGCAACCCUCUCAUUCGAGCUCGAGGUGCACGAACAACCACGGUCGUCCUUGGUGCUGUUGUCACCAUGCUUACAAUCGCAUACACUACCACUCGAGCAGCCACACAAGGGUUCGCACUGGGGUCGAAUACCGGCAAGAACAAAUAUGCUCAAGUCACGCAGGAGGAGUACGAGCAUGGUUUAGUCACUCAGCAACCCGCGUCUCGGCGUGAGAUCAUGAGGGCCGCCGUUGAGAGUGGUGCGCUGCCUGCAUCUGCAUUGGAUGAGGACUCAGAUGACGAGGAUGAUACUGCUGUUAGCUCCAAAGACGACGAACGCCAGGGGACCCAGUAUAACUACAGCCUGUUCCACGUAAUCUUCUUGAUGGCGACUUGCUGGGUGGCUACGCUUCUUACACAGAAGAUGGAUCCUGAGAACUCGAGCGACUUCACGCCUGUGGGACGGACAUAUUGGGCAAGCUGGAUCAAGAUUGUCAGCGCAUGGGUGUGCUAUGCAAUCUACAGUUGGAGUCUUGUGGCGCCCGUCGUACUCGAAGGCCGGGAGUUCUCCUGA